AUUUCAUUACAACGCGUAGAAAGCUGCAUAGGUUGAAGAAGCCUUCCUUCCUAAGGAACAAAUCCAACGCAGAAGGAAAAAUUAUAAAUACUGAAGAAACAGCUCCACCAUUUGCAUUCAGCUCUUCAUCUCCUCUCAUCAGUUACAGGUUCUUUCUCCAGUUGCCUGUACGUUUGGUCAUCGUCAUCGUUCAGAAAGCAUGAAUUCCUAUCCCCAGGGUAAUCUUCAAGCCUACCCCCCGCCGCCAACGUCUUACCCUCCACCAGAGCAGGCGUACACGCCGGCACCCUAUGUUGCACCACCUCCUAUGGGCUACCCAACUAAUGACACGUCGUCUUACCCCCAAAAAGUUCACUCCGAUACUAAGAAUCGUGGCGACGGUUUUUGGAAAGGAUGUUGUGCUGCCUUGUGCUGUUGCUGUGUGUUGGAGACAUGCUUCUGAUAGAGAAGAGAAUUUUCUUAAUGAACCUUGCCAGCAUCUCAGUGGCCAUUUUAUUGUAUUGAAUUAUUAUAAUUCUUGGGAGAUAUGCCUUUUCAGUUAUAGUUUCAUAUUGUAUUAGUAUUGAUUAUUUGUUUGUGUAGUCCAACUUUGUAACAUUUUAGUGAACAUUUUACUGUAUUGAAUUACUAGAAUUUUCAGAAGA